UCGUCGCGUGCGUCGCUCGUGCCUAAACAAUGAAGCAAUACGAGUUGCCUUGCCUUUGUCGUUCUCCUCGCCCUGGAGUGCCUUAUAAGUGAUGUCAUUCUUAAAAGGCGCUCUUAUUUAAAGGCUGGGCAUGUGUACACCUCUCUUAGAGCAGCACUUCUCCGUCUGUUAGUCCACCUCAUCGGCCGAGGCUCCGCGGCAUCGCUUGAACUUGAAGACUUGGAGGACGAGUGGAGUGAGAGCGCACACACACGCGCGUUCAUUCGCCUGACUUUCUUAUUCCGUGUCUAUUACCGUCUGCGUCGACUUCUCUCAAUAUCCCGCCGAUAUUGGGCAUCCAAAGCCAGUCACUGCCCUGGUUUUCGAGUCUCGCAGACCCUUCUCCCUCCUGCCGACCACUUGACAUCAAGUGCAUCACAAACUGGCGGCUAGCACCUCAUUAGAGGACAGACUCAAAAGAGGUGAGAUAUGAUCAAACAUCAUUAAACACCGACAAAAUCAGAAACUCAUUUCAAUUCAUGUUCAUAUUUCGUUCUUCUGAUAUUGCCUGAGUUGCAGCUUAAGCUUAAAAACACGACAUGACCUGCCAUCAGCUACCAUUUCUCCAACUUGAGUGAUAGCCUAUUUCUACAACGCUCCGUCAAGCACUACAUAAUUUCUCGGCACCCAUCAACUCAAUACUCUCACCGUCGGUUUUUAUCUGCGUUAUCUUCCCGUCGUAAAUUCUAUCCCGUGACAGCUAUAAGCGAGGUAGCUCGAGCAGCGAGACGAGCAAUUUACUCUCCGCCGACGACCUGGGCUCUCGUGCUCUCGCGGGACUCUGUAUUGCUUGAUGGAUUAGCGAAGACGUACUUAGAGCACCGCUUGCCACCUGCCGGUAUCUUCGUAUCCUAUCAGCAUUCCUUGGAUCGUGGUUCUAACUCACUCCGCACACUCCACUACCCCCUUAAACCCACCUUGUCAAGAAACCUUCCAGCAUUGUAGAGGAGCCAUGGACGUUGUGAAGAUUCAUCCAUCUUUGUGAAAAUGCUUCAAUUAUGGUGUCUCAGCUGAAAAGUGACAUUUUCAUGUGAUACAUAUCAGUAAAUGAGCGAUCACUACUUGUUCAUGACUGCGUACAUUGCACCCGUGAACCUGUCUCCUCACCAACCAUACACUGCUAGCUACGGUAGAUGUUGAAGUAGUAUGUGCAAGAAAGAGCUCGCCAACAGCCACAACCCGCUGUGACGUGUAAGUGCCUCGAUGAUUUUAUGACAUGAUAACGAACAUUUGUUGGGCCUGAUGAUGAAUAUCUAAACAAAACGGCCGGGCUUUACUCAGUAAAAAAAAAAUCGUGCUUCCUGACAUGUAGUAUUAGUGACUGAGUAUUACGCAAGAAUGAAAACUGCUUUUUGAUGACAUUGUUUCGAACAAAUCGUGAGAUUAACCUAAUUUCUGCAAUAAAUUUCAAAUAAGUAUCGAAGUAAAGACAGGCCUCGGGACACCCGAAUUGCACACCUAACAUAAUACGUCGUCAUCGUCGUCAUCGUCAUCCAAAGUGUCUUCUAGGCGGUAACCAUCCUGCCUGACAUUCGCCGAGAUGCCUCGCUCGUUCCUUGUAAAGAAGACCAAAUUCACAUCUUGUUCGGCGCUAUGCCCCCGGGAACUUGACCCUUACUAUCCCGCUAGCCCGGGCAGCCCUACCCUUCCUCAUCAUGGAGUAAGCGUCACCAUCAACAAUGGUUACAUCCACGAUAUCACUCCAUCGCCGUCUUCUCCUCCUAGUGAGCCCUUGAUGAUUACCAACCUUCUUACCCAUCACCACGAAGAGCCGCCUUCUCUACCAAGCUCACCUGAACCCCUGACGGACUCCAAGUCAAGAGACUUCGAUGUGGACAGCGGAAUCCUCAGUGUUCAGAGCAAAGGGCAGCUGUUUCUGUCGUACGAAGCAUUUUUGAUUACGGAUGGACGAUCACGACGACGCGCGUUACAAAACGGUGGCAGCGGUGGGAUUAUAGGACCAGGUAUCGAUCAGCAGCACAGUCCGCUUGAUGGAUCCUUAGCCGCUGUAGCCAACAGACCUAAAUACAAGUGCAAUGAGUGCGGGAAGCAGUACGCCACCUCGUCCAAUCUCUCCAGGCACAAACAGACCCAUCGCAGUCUCGAUAGCCAUCUAGCCAAGAAGUGUGAAGUCUGCAACAAGGUCUACGUCAGCAUGCCUGCCCUGGCCAUGCACGUGCUUACGCACAACCUCAAACACAAGUGCAAUGUCUGCCACAAGUCCUUCAGCCGUCCCUGGUUGCUCCAAGGCCAUAUGCGUUCACACACGGGCGAGAAGCCCUUCGGCUGUGCGCACUGCGGCAAGGCGUUUGCCGACCGUUCCAACCUCCGCGCUCACAUGCAGACGCAUUCGGCUUACAAGAACUACAAGUGCAAGCGUUGCGACAAGUCGUUUGCCCUCAAGUCAUAUCUGAACAAACACUACGAAUCGGCCUGCUUCAAACUGGAUGGUGAGAUAACAGACGACAUGAUGACGUGUACGCCGUCGCCCAUGUCUGAUGCCGAGAAUAUCUCGGUUGAUGGAAACAUCUCUACAUGAUAAAACAA